AUGUUUAUUGGAUCACGACAGAAACUUUCAACCAUCAACGAACCGCUCAACGUUUCUAUUUGCGGAACCAACAUCUCCCAAACAACCUGCGAAAAACUACUUGGUGUGCACAUGGAUGACUCACUCACAUGGAACACCCAUAUUUCUCACGUUAUCAAGAAAUACAACAACAAACUUGAACUUGUGAAACGAGACAAACCUUACCUUACACCCAAGCUCCUCCUUCUCCUUUAUAACAGCAUAGCAAAGCCAACACUCGAAUAUUGUUGUAGCGUUUGGGGUAAUUGUAGUACAGACGCUCUUGGACGUGUAACAUCUGCCCAAAAACGUGCCGCGAGGAUUCUUCUAAACGCUGAUUACACUAUCCCAUCAAUAACAUUAUUCAACGAAAUCAACCUUAUCCCAAUUCAUGACACCAUUCGCCACCGGAUCCUACUACAGACGUUCAAAUGCAUAUAUGACAUCAGUCCACCAUGCCUCAGCACCCUUAUGGAAAAACCAACCCACCACCAUUCAACAAGAGCUAUUGCGAAUAAUAAUGUCCACAUCCCAAAAGCAAGAUCUAACGCAGGAAAACGACGAUUUUCAUUUAUGGCAUGGAACAGUUUCCCUAAUGAGGCAAAGAAAAUAACAUCGCAGCCAUCAUUCAACACAUAUUGCAAGGGUUACUUUAGUCAGAAACCC